UUUAAGACUCAUUUGAUUAGGAUGAAGCGUCAUCGAGUCUCUACAAUAACACAUUUUUUUAAAAAGUGUUCAAAAACAGUUGAAGAAAAUGAUUAUGAUAAAGAAAUUAACGUAGACGACCCUGGUAUUUUCGAGAUUCCGUCAAAACAAACGACAGUUGAAGACAAUGAAAACAGAAACAAACAAUUAGAACAAUUAGCAUUAGAAAUCAUCCCCAUUUAUUCAUCUACAUCACUACCCAUAACAGAAACAAAAACCUCUAAAGUUAAUAUUUAUUUAACUGAACAAUUUAUUCCCAAAAAUGAUUUUGUAUUCCCUAAAACAAAUGGAAGAUCAUGUCAGUUGAAAUGGUUCAAUUCGUUUAGUUGGCUUCAUUAUGUGAAAGAAAAAAAUGUUGUUUUAUGUUAUCCGUGUGCUUUGGCCAGUCAAACUAAAAAAACAAAAAUAAAAAUUCAUGGGCAAGAAUCGUUUAUCGAUACUGGAUUUCAAAAUUGGAAGAAGGGCACUGAGCGGUUUUCUAUACACGAAAAAAGUGAAAACCAUAGAGCAUCAAUAGAAUAUUUAAAUUUUCGUAACAACAAGCGUCCUGUUAUAUCUUUAAUUACUGAACAGUCUUUAAAUGAACAAAAAGAAGCUCGUACAGUAUUUAAAAUUGUUAUUAGCUCUAUUCGUUACUUAGCUCGUAGCGGUCAAGCUAUUCGUGGUGGUACAUGGGACUCUGGAAACUUAAUUUAUUUAUUACAAGAGCGUUCACUUGAAAAUCCUGCACUAAAAAUUUGGCUUGAAAAACGAAACAAUUGGUUAAGUGGGGAUAUUCAAAAUGAGUUACUUGAAACUAUGGCGCAUUUUGUUUUACGGAAGAUUAAAAAUUCAGUUCUAAAAAGUCCAUUUAUGGCCAUAAUGGCUGAUGGCACUACAGAUAUUUCUGGUCAGGAACAGUUUAGCAUUUGUUUUCGUUUUUUAAAUACAAUUUCUUUAAAUAUAAACGAAAUUUUUGUGGGAAUGUAUAAUCCUCCAAGUGGAAAUGCUGAAACAUUAUUUUCUUGCAUCAAUGAUUUAUUGACACGUAUGUGUCUUAGUUUUGAAAAUGUUAGAGGACUUUGUUUUGACGGAGCGGCAACUAUGUCUGGUCAUAUAAGUGGAGUACAAAAGCGAAUUUCUGAUGUACAACCUAAAUCUAUAUUUAUCCAUUGUUCAAAUCAUUCAUUGGACUUAGCAUUGAGUGAUACUAUUAAAACUGUAGAUUUUGCUAAUGAUGCUCUAAAUUUAAUCAGAUUUGUAAGCAAUACAAUCUUAGAUUCAUCAAAACGCAAAAACAUAUUUUCUGGUAUUGUUCUUUCGACUAACUUAGAUGAAGAAAAUGACUAUACAACUGAAAAUAUACCAGGCAUUAUUCCUUUUUGUCCUACAAGAUGGACAGUCCGAGUAAAAGCAGUUAAUAGAUUUAUAGAAAAUUAUGAAAGGGUUCUUUUAACAGUACAGGAAAUUUUAAAAGAUUCAAAUUCAAUUAGUAAAGAUAGACGUGCAGCUCUCCGCGGAUAUGAGACGAAACUUUGGAAGUUUGAAACUGUUUUUGCUCUGGAAUCUUUGUCUUUAAUUUUGGGUCCAUGUGAGCAGUUAGCUAAAGCUUUGCAAAAUAUAUCAUACACUGCUAUCGGAGCCAAACAUUCAUCAGAAUUGUUAAUAAAAACUCUAACAUCGUUACGUAAUGAUGAUGUUUUCAAUGAUACUUGGAAUAAAACCAAACAAUUGGCCGUACAUCUUAACCUUACAAUGCCGAAAAAUCCUAGAGUUUGUAAGCCCCCCGCCAAGCUUGAAUAUUCAACUACACGCACACCUCCAGCCAACAUCAACAAAAAAGUUGCUUUAAGAAAAGAAUUUUUUGCUUUAAUUGAUUGUUUGUUGAACGAAUUAAAUGAAAGAUUCACUCAGUCUGGGUUAGACAAAGUAGUAUCAAUGGAAACUAUUUUGAUUCGUUCAAUCAAUAGAGAUAAAAUUGAAAUAAGUGAAAUAAAAAAACUUCUCGGUCUUCACGUAACUGAUUUUAAUGUAGAUCAAUUAGCUGCUCAAUUAAUAAUGCUUCCCAAUAUUUUAAAUUCUGAUAAUCCCUCAGCAACAAUAAAAUAUAUUGUUGAAAUAUUUAAAAUAUUGCCAGAAACGUCACGUCAAUUGAUGAACCAAGUUGAACGGCUUAUUAUACUGUUAUACACAAUACCUGCAGCAUCAGCCACACCAGAAAGGUCAUUUAGUGGGCUCAGGCGUUUAAAAACCUAUACACGUUCAACUAUGAGUCAAAAGCGUUUGACUCAUUUAUUACUAUUACACUUAAACCAAACUAUUUUGUAUGAGAUUUCCUUGGAUGAUAUCCUAAAAGAGUUCAUUAGCCGUACAGCAGAGAGAAAAAGUGUAUUUGGUAAAAUGUAAAUUAUUCAUUAAAAUUUAAACUGUAUAUUAUAUUUAUUAAUAUUGUAUAAUAAAAUAUAGUUAUGGGAUUUUUGUUUAAAGAUUGUACAACAAAGAAACUGUGCAUGUGAAAAAGUUAAUUACAACUGUAAUUUGUAUUGUUAAUAAAUUUUUAUACCUACAUGAUUUGAAUUUGUUUAAUAAAUAUUUGUAAGAAAAAAAUUUAAUUAUACCUUCCUUAUUAUUAUUAAUUAUACCUAUUCCCAGCAUAGGUGGUGUAAAAAUUGGGGAGAGGUGAAGAUUAAGCACCAAAAAUUAAACAACACUAUUUUUGCUCUUAUGCCCUCUAGAAUAAAGCUUAAAAUAUUUUGCCCCCACAGCAAAAAAAUCGUUCCG